AUGCGGCCACUCGUCGCACGAGUCUUCUCGGUGCGCUUUGAGAAGGUCAAGACGUGGCGGGCGACCGAGCACCGAUUGCCCGCGCGAGCGUUUUUCUCGCUGUGGCUUCUUGUCGCGUUGCUGCACGCACUGUUUGCGGCGCACCUCUUUUUCCUCGCGUACUGCCACCACUACAUCACGUCGGACCUGUACAGCUACGAGCGGCGGACGCUGGGCCUCCCGCCCGACCUCACGGCCUCGAUGGUCGCCUGCAUCCUCGUCGGCGCGCUCUUUUGCGAAGGCCUCGUGUCCAUGGUGCGUUACCGGCAACUCGAGAAGCGCAUUGAGCGCCUCGUGCUGGUGCGCGACUCGAGCAAGCGCCGGGCAGACACUGGCGCUCUCUCGAUGAGCCUUUGCUUUCGCCGCCUCGGCGAGCUCUGGACAACGUACGCGGCCCACUUUAGCAGCCAAGGCGAGCUCUUUGCGUGGGGCUACGAAGUCCAGCGCACCUUGUCACUGGCGUUGCAGUCGUUGGAAGUUGUUGCGAUCUCGAAACAGUCGACGUCGUCGGCGCUGACACUGGCGUACGCGAUGUGCAUUGGCCUCAGCGGGAUGCUCACGCCAUUGCUCUUUCUCGCCAAGCUACCGCGCGUUGUCGAGCACACGGCAGCGGCGCUCGUGCCAGCGCUACUGACCAUGAUCCUUGUCUGUCUCUUGCCGUGGAUUGGUGUCAGUCCCUACGUGCGGUACUUUUCCCUCUCGAUCCAAGACAAGAACGAUGCGCUGUACGACGAUGUGUGGUUCUACAAUGCGAUCCUCAUGGGUCGAAAAUUGUUUCUCAUCUCGGGGGCCGAGACGAUCACACGGCUCUUGCCGUGCCUUUGCGUCUGGUGGAGCCUUCGCGACGUCGAGUAUACGCUGUGCAUGGCCUACGACAGCCGACUUCGAGACGUCGCACCCCCCAGUCGCCCUCCCACGCCCCACCGAAAACGAACCAGGUUUCAUGGCGUGGCCGUCUGGCGCUAUUCAAUCGCCGUCAGUCGUGUCGUAAGCGUCACGUGGGGUGCAACCGUCGUUGCCAUGUCGCUCAUCUACUCGUCUUGGAAUGGACUCCGCGCGUCGUGCACCCAUGGGUGCCUCACCGCCGUGAACCCGUGGUUCACGCUCGAGUGCCGUUGCGUCGUUCAAGUCGUUAGCUGUGCAGCACGGGGUAUUUCCCAGGCCGCAGUGCCAGCGGCGUUGCGUGCCUUGCACCCAAGCACGCUACAGCUACUGAUCAUCGCGCAUUGCCCGGACCUUGAGGUGCCGAAUUUAGCGCGGUUCCCACAACUCUUUGGUCUCGAAAUCUACAACUCGACCAUCGUCGAGUGGCCCGAUCCCAUUAUGGCCGAUGUCUUUACAGCGCUCAGUUAUAUCGUGCUCGUGUACACCAACGUGUCGACCGUGCCCCGGGCCAUCGUUCACAAGCACUUGCCGCCGACGCUGACCGAUGUCGAGAUUAUUGUUUCGGGGAUUUCCGAGAUUGACGAAGCAACCGUCGCCGCAUGGACCAACCUCAACUCGCUCUUGAUCGAGCAAGGCCAAUUGCGCAGCGUGCCCGCAUCCUUUCGUGAGCUCACGCUCCUCGGUGGUCUCUCUCUCUUUGGCAACAACAUCUCGGAGCUGCCAGCAUACACGCUAGGGGCGCUGAGCAGUCUCACAACACUGAAUCUGGCGCAGAACCCACAUCUGGAAAGCGUUCCCGACGAUGUGAACCAGGCCAAUUUAGGAUGGAUGCUGGACUUGUUCCUGGAAAACACGGGCGUAGCGGCGUGGUCGCCCACAGCGUUUGGUCCGUCGACCAACGUCUACAUGAGUGGGACACCAUACUGCACCGUCGCCGCCACCGAGCCGGCGUGUCAUCCCAGCACCUACGACGGCAGCUAUCGCUUUGGCAUUAUGGCCCGUCAAUUCGAUUAG